CGUACCUCCAUAAUAACGUCAUUGGCUUACCUUGACCAUCCAUGAUAUCACUACCUAUUUUACUAGCCUACCUCACUCGAGGCUCGAGUCCCCCAGGUUAAUAGAGAAGAGGCUCACUAACCGAGGUUCCAUCCCGCGGGUCAAAAUCAAAUCACAGGCGGGGGCCCACCAAAUCUGCCGAGACCGGUAGACUCGAACCUCGGCCCCGAACCGGUAGCGGAUGGACCGUUUUAAUCUUUGUCUGAGUACAACAUCGCGAUAGAAUAGACAUUUAGUGUGAGCUGUGUGUCUCUUCCUCCUCCUCCUCCUCCUCCUCCUCUUCUUCCCCUUUCCCAUCCCCAUCCCCAUCCCAAUCCCCAUCCUGCUCUUGAACAAGAUAAGAUCUAGCUAGGUCCUCCCUGUUCACAGCUCGUCCAAAAUGGCUGCGCAAUCAAAGCCUGAGAUCUCCCCCUGGGGCCGCGCUGUCGCUGGAGCUACAGGUGCUGUUCUUGCGAACGCGCUGGUCUACCCCCUUGAUAUUGUCAAGACUCGUCUUCAAGUUCAAGUCAAGCCCGAUCCUUCAAAAGGCCCUUCCUCAUCCGAUGAACCACACUACACCUCGACAUGGGAUGCCAUCUCGCGUAUUGUCGCCGAUGAUGGAGUCAAGGGCCUCUAUGCUGGCAUGAAUGGCUCUCUCAUUGGUGUCGCCUCAACCAACUUUGCCUACUUCUACUGGUACACCAUUGUCAGGACCCUGUAUCUCAAGUCUCGCAAGACAGACGUCCACCCCUCCACCGUGGUCGAACUCGCUUUGGGUGCUGUCGCCGGAGCCAUUGCCCAGGUCUUUACCAUUCCUGUUGCUGUUGUUACCACGCGCCAGCAGACGGCAAGCAAAAGCGACCGCAAAGGUCUCAUAGACACCGCUCGUGAGGUCAUCGAUGGUCCAGAUGGUGUAUCGGGUCUCUGGCGCGGUCUGAAGGCCAGUCUCGUCCUUGUCGUCAACCCUGCCAUCACUUAUGGCGCAUACGAGCGACUAAAGGACGUCCUCUACCCUGGCAAGACCAACCUGAGACCAGCGGAAGCAUUCUUACUGGGAGCCAUGUCCAAGGCGCUCGCAACCAUUGCUACUCAACCACUUAUCGUGGCCAAAGUUGGUCUUCAGUCCAAGCCUCCACCGGUCCGAAAUGGCAAGCCCUUCACCAGUUUUGUCGAGGUGAUGAAGUUCAUCAUUGAGCACGAAGGUAUCCUGGGUCUUUUCAAGGGUAUUGGACCGCAGAUCUUGAAGGGGCUCAUCGUCCAAGGCAUCCUCAUGACCACAAAGGAGAGGGUUGAGCUCAUGUUCGUACUUUUGAUCCGAUAUAUCAAAUCUAUUCGCCUUCAGAAACUCGGCAAGACAGCUGAGAAGACUGCAGCUGCAGCCGCCGCACACAGCGUUGCGGCUAAACCCGUCACAACAGCAUAGACAGUGAACAGUUGAUCCUUAGAAACAGCAUCGGUGUUUGGGAUAUUGACAUUCUGCAAUUUGGGAAUAGAAGCCGGAUUGGUGUUUUAUGUUUGGACGUUUUGCGAUAGUAUUAAGCGCGCACUAUUCCUCCCAAUGAUGGGGAAACCUUCAACCUGCAUUGUAACCAAUUGUGGCUAUAUAGUAGCAAUACAGACCAUUAAAUAUUGAUGCGUUA